CACUUGAUGUGAUUGAUGAUGAUAAAUACGCGUCAAGUCGCUUCAUACGCCUCCCUUUCACUUCCCAUCCCCUCCUCCUCGCUUCGCACGCUGCUCCCACUCCCUCCCAUGCCGUUGCUGUCCUGCACAUAGCUAGCUACCUAGCUUGCUUGCUCGUGCUCCACGUCCCGUCCCAGCCCAGGCCGUGCUGCAUUGCUCGGCGAGCGAUGGACGUCGUCGUCGUCGGGCUGGCGUCCCCCCCGCCCGAGUCCGGCCGCUCCUCGCCGUCGCCGACCGCGUCGCCCGAGUUCGAGUUCUGGAUGGUGGGCAAGAACCCGGGCUCCUUCCCCUCCCCCGCCCUGCUCACCGCCGACCAGCUCUUCUCCGACGGCAUUGUCCUCCCGCUCCACACCCUCCAGGCCCCUCCCGCUGGCCCCGACGCCGACCAACACCAAGGCCAAGACCAAGCCGCCGUGGAAGACGCCGACCAAGACCAAGAUGCCGACGUCAACGAGCCCUCCGACCCGCCGGAGCAGGAAGGGGAGGCUGCCGAGCAGGUCCAGCCGCUCGCGGAGGCCUGCGCCGUCCCGACGCCGGACCUCCCCGCCGUCACCUUCAAGUGGAAGGACAUCUUCAAGGCCACCGGCGAAUCCAAGGAGCGCGCCAAGAAGGCGGAGCGCCGCGUCAGCAGCGUCAGCGGCAACGCCGAGCUCAUCAACAUCAACAUAUGGCCCUUCUCCCGGAGCCGCUCCGCUGGCCACUCUACCUCCGGCGCCGGCGCCGGCGCUAGCAGCAAGGCCAAGGCGACCAACCCCAGCAACGGCAACGCCAGUGCCGCUGCUGCCAGCGCACCCUCGGCGGCGGCUCCCGCGACGGCGGCAGGGCGCAAGGUGAGCAGCGCGCCGUGCUCCCGCAGCAACUCCCGCGGCGAGACCUCCGGGACGGUGGCCCCGGCCGUCGCCAUCGCGGCGGCAGCUGAAAAGGCCGCUGCUCAAGCGCCCGCCACGUCCAUGUUGAGGCGGUGGGUUCCCGGCGGUCAGGGCAGAGCGGGCCUGAGCGCCAACGGCAUCCGCCUGGGCAGAGCCAGCCCCGUCUGGCAGCUGAGGCGCAACAAGCUACAACAGCAGCAGCAAGCCGCCGCGGAGCAGAAGCAGAACAUCAACGCAACCGCAACCGCCACCGCCAGCGGCAAGAACAAGGCCGUCGCCGAGGUCGACGCCGCGACGAGCCAAGGCCAAGCGGACGCCGGUAAAGAAGACGCGGCGGCGACGUCAGGUGAAGCGCCGGCGACCGUGAGCGCGCCAGCCGCCGCGUGCCGGAACAACGCGGUCUGCGCGGAAGUCGCCGGCGAGGAGUGCGUGCCGCCGCAGGGGCUGUUCGGCCUCCGCACCUUCUUCUCCAAGAAGGUGUACUGAACCACUGCUGCUGAUCACGACUCACGGCGCCAUGCUGCGUGGCACACGUCUCAGUGUAUAUAGAACCUCGAGCUACCAUAGGGCUCGUGUCAUCGAUCCCGUCCGUCCGCCACCCGUUCGCUAGCUUAAGCAUUCUUUUUCUCUCUUAUCUCUGCACUGUACUACUACGCAUCGCCAUGGCCAUGAAUGAUAGCUCAGCUCAAGCUGCCGUCCUCUCAACUCAA